AUGUCAUCCAAACCGGGUGUUGAGAACCCGGUGCUGCAUCCGCUGCUGUUCCUCUACCAGUUGCUGCAGUGGCUUAUAAGCUUGGCUCUCGCGCCGAGUCCACCAAAGGAUGAACCUUCUCCGAACCGGCCACGAAUUGCCAUCAUCGGCGCUGGGUUAACCGGAGUGACAGCCGCUGCGCACUGCGUCGGUCACGGCUUUGAUGUGCAAAUUUUUGAGGCUGGCGGCGAGGAGGCCGUCGGUGGUAUCUGGACUCGCGUAAACAGCACAUCUGGCCUCCAAAUCCACUCACUCAUGUACCGCUUCCACCCCGCUGUCAAUUGGCAGAAAGGCUACCCCGAUAAGAAGCAAAUCGUCGAGCAGAUCCGCCAACUCUGGACGCUUUAUAAGCUAGACAGGCACACCAAAUUCAACUACAAGGUCGACGAGGUAUAUCAAGAUAAGCAGGGCCGAUGGAUCAUCAACGAUCCGUCCAACGGCCGCUUCGAGGGCAUGAUUGCGGCGAUCGGCACCUGCGGCCCGCCCAAGAUGGCUAAAAUCGACAACGCCGACAGCUUCCAAGGGAAAAUUAUUCACUCUUCCCAGCUUGAUGGCAUCGACGUCAAGGGCAAGAAGAUGGCCGUCAUCGGCGGCGGAGCUUCGGCCGUCGAAGCGCUCGAGUUCGGUAUCGCCAAGGACGCAGCUCAAAUCUCGAUUCUCUCGCGCUCCGACAAGUGGAUCAUCCCGCGCAACAUAUUUGUUGACGCGCUGCUCAGCAUGAACAUCCUCGGCCACGAGACAAGCCUAUCGUGGAUCCCGGAAACGCUGCUCCGGCGGCUCUUCUACCGCGACAUGGCAGACAUUGCGCCCGCCGCCGGUGAUGUCGGCCUCUUUACCGACACACCUAUGGUUAACUCGGACAUCAUGGGCCAGCUGCGCGACGGCAAGGCUGAGUGGAUUCGCGGCGACAUUGAGGGUUUCACGGAAAGCGGCGUGCGCGUAAACCACCGCUCGCAGGGCGUUCCCAAGGGCGGCCCGGGGCGGGAGCGUGUCGUCGACGCCGACGUGGUCGUGCUGGCUACGGGGUUCAAGCGGCCCAGCCUGUCCUUCCUGCCUGGCGACUGUUUUGAGGAGCCGUAUGGCCCGCCCAACUGGUACCUGCAGACGUUCCCGCCGCCGCAUCCGAGCAUGUCGGCCAUCAACUGCACCUAUAUCGCCGCCAUCGGGACUGUCGGUAACUGGCACAUCGGCAUCUACACGCGCAUCAUGCUCAUGUUCGUCACCGACCCGCUCGCUCGACCCUCGCCGUUUUGGAUGCGUCGCUGGAUCGGUCUCACGCGAUUCCUCAAGUCGUACUCGCCGACCCCGGCCUUUGACUUUUUUACCUACCUCGAGCUCAUCUGGUGGUUUGUCUUUUGCGUGUCAAUCAACCCGUUCCGCUGGAAGUGGGCGCUCUUUGUGCUCUUUGGCGUCGGCUUCGACCUCCCCAACAACUUUUCGGAGCUGGAGAGGCGGGUUCUCAAAACAGAUGGCUACAGCAAGCAUGACCAGGGCCGCAGUUUCUAA